AUGGGGAUGGGAGUGCAGAUAUUGAUUCCAAAUCUAUACCCGGGGCUUGCGCAUGCUUGUAUGAAAGACAGUUGUGGUGGAUGCGAUAAUAUUUGCCAUCGCUAUGGCCUGUCUGUGGACAUUAAUGAAUUCCGCAAGGUGGGCUCUGAUUCAGGCAGUUGUGGUGAUCUUGCAAGUGGUGUCUACACUGGGUGUCUCAUGCGGAAGAAGACUACUGUUCGAUUGGCGAUUCAGUUCCAGGCUAUGAGAAUUGCUGCAGGGGUCAAUGAUGUUAAUAAUGGCAUUCAGGCUAGUUUGUGGAAGAGUGCUAUUCGGUGUGCACAAUCUGCGCUAGUUCCCCAGUGCAUGUGUUAG